UACCACAUCUUUUGUCUGUUUUUCUACAACCAGGUUCAAAAUGAGGUCUGUGACUGUGACCAUUUGGGCAGCAGCCUUGUUGACUACUUCCUCUACCCUCAGGUCCCUCAACCUCUCAUCCAAGAAUUUGUCCUCUGUCCCAAGUGGUCUCCAACAUAUGGUAGAACCUUUAGACCUUUCCCAUAACCGCAUCCAGCACCUUCAUAGUGGAGACUUUACCAAUACCCCUUACCUGAGGUUCCUCAACAUGUCUGGGAACACUUUGGAGAAGAUUGAUGCAGAGACAUUUCUCAAUACUCCUCUGCUUGAGGAUCUGGAUCUGUCACACAACAGUCUUGAGAACCUCAUGGAUCAGCGAUACCUGCUCCACAUAGAAAAUCUUCUUGUACUCAAUUUGGCCUUUAACAAGUUUUAAAAAAUGACAUUAGGGAGUGAAUUCAGUUCCCUGGUAAACCUUAAAAGACUGACACUUGGACCAAAAACCAUCAAUACAGAUGACUUUAAGAACAUUGCUAUGGUGAGAUUACAUACACUGACCCUUUGCCUGGAUGAUGAAUUUAGCUAUGAAGUAGGUGGCCUGAAACAUGUUGAUGCUCAAAGGCUUCAGAUCGUCUUCACUAAUAACCAAAUAGGCCACAAUCUGACGGCUGAUGCGCUGUCAUGUUUUAAUGAGGUGGAGCUCAUGAACUUGACAGGUGGCUACAGAGACCUUACUAAGCAGCUGAGUGAGAUGGAGGAAAUCCAUACAUCUCAUCUCUAUCUCACCAACAGUUCAAUCAAAUGGCAAGACUUUACUCGUGGCAUAAAUAUGGUUCUUGAUUCCUCCUUUGACCAUUUGACCAUGACUGAUGUGGUCCUGUCCGAGAUGCCUCUCAAAGACACUGCUGUGACAUCAUCAAAAAUGAAAUCAUUCCUAGCCAGAAGGAUUGUGGUGAUUUUUUCACAAAAAGCAGUAUAUAACUUUUUAAUGAACAUGCCAGUGGACAGUUUAGCAAUUGUGGAGACUCUCAUUAUUAUGGCUUGCCCAACCUCUCAAAGUUAUUUCACCCACAUGGAUUUCUCCCACUGUGCUCUAUCUGAUACCAUCUUUCCUGGAGUGAAGGGUCAAGAAAAUGUGGCAUGUGAGCAUCUGGGCAAUUUGAAGAAACUGACUCUAGUUGGCAACAAUUUGAAGAACCUUCAGUUACUGAGCAAACGUAUACAGUAUAUGAAUUCCCUACAACAUUUGGACCUAAGCCUCAACUCCCUGACAUAUGACAAUCUGCUGAAAUGUGUCUGGGCACCAAACAUCACAAAUAUGAACUUGUCAUCAAAUGGUCUGACAUAUGCAGUUUUUAAUUGUCUUCCAAACAAAACAAAGAUCUUGGACCUUCAUAAUAACCAGAUUUCUACAGUAUCAUUAUCCAUCCUUAAAAUGGACUACCUUUUGUGCCUAAAUCUUAGUAGCAACAGGCUGCAGGAUUUGCCAGUAUGUGAUAGGUUCCCUAUGCUUAGUUUCCUUUUGCUCAGGGCAAAUCACCAUGCCCCAACCACAGGCAACCUGGAUAGCUGCCCCAAUCUGAAAACACUGGAUGUCAGCCAAAACUUUUUCACCUGCACUUGUGCACUAAAAGGUUUCAGAAACCUUGGCAUCAGAUCUGAACAGAAAGGCCACACAGGAAUUCGCCUUCUGAAUUGGCCAUCAGGUUAUUACUGCAUUUACCCAGAAGCCGUCAGAGACUUCACCUUGAAAGACAUCACACUGCCAGAGAUCUCCUGCAAUGUUGGCCUUCUGGCUGCAGCCAUCUUGGUCCCAGCUGUCGUAGUGAUAAUUGCAGCUGUGACAUUGUGUCACCGAUGUGAUGUUCCAUGGUACAUUGGCAUGAUCUGGCAUUGGACCAGAGCUAAAUAUCGUGCUAAAAAACAGCAAGUACAGCCCGAGGAUCUGGGUGGAAUUGAGUUUCAUGCUUUUGUGUUGUACAGUCAACACAAUGCCAGUUGGGUGCACAAUUCCCUUAUUCCCAACCUUGAAGGUGCCACAAGUCAGCUAUGCAUCUGCUAUCACGAGAGGAACUUUGUACCAGGAAAAACAAUCAUUGAGAACAUCAUGAACUGUGUGGAAAAAAGCAGAUAUUCAGUAUUUGUACUCUUGGCUAACUUUAUCAAGAGUGAGUGGUGCCACUAUGAGCUUUAUUUUGCCAGUCACAAACGCUUGUCUCAUGGUGCAGAUGUUGUCCUGGUAUUGCUUGAACCUCUGCCUCAGCACUCAAUCCCCUCCAAGUAUUAUCAGCUGAAAGCUAUGAUGAGUAGACACACCUACUUGGAGUGGCCAAAGGACAGGGCAAAGCAUAGAUUGUUCUGGGCCAAUCUCAGUGCAGCCCUGCAAGCAGAUCUACCAAAUGUACCACUUACAGAACUGGAAGUGUGAUGUGGGAAAGAGGCAGCAGAAAGCAGGAUGGUGAUGGAGUAGACAAAAAGU